UCGCGGUGGGCGCGGCUGCGAGGGCUGGAGGCGCAGCGGCGCGAGUGCGUCACGCCGGCGGAGGGCACGGUGGGCUGCGGCCGACCCGCGACGAGGAACCGGGCGUCGCGGGCGAGGGGCAGGCGGCCGUACCCGCCCUGGCAGCACGGCCAGGGACCGGCCGGGGGUCGCCAGCGCGCAGCCGGCGGCUCCAUUCAUUCGCGCGGCUCCGCCUCCUUGCCCGGGCUCCGGUGGCUCGCGGGACGCGUCCGAGAAGAUGGCAUUCCCUGUGGACUUGCUGAAUAAUUGCAGUCAUGAGGAAUUGGAAAAUGCUGCUGAAGAUUACAUGUCAGAUUUAAGGUGUGGGGACCCUGAAAAUCCAGAGUAUUUUUCUUUUCUCAAUAUUACGAUUCCUAUUAGCCUGUCAAAUGUAGGCUUUGUACCUCUCUAUGGUGGAGAUCAGACCCAGAAAGUUCUUGCACUUUUUGCACCUGAGGAUUCACUCACAGCUGUGGCACUUUACCUUGCUGAUCAGUGGUGGGCUAUUGAUGAUAUUGUGAAAACAUCUGUCCCUUCUAGAGAGGGGCUUAAGCAGGUGAGCACUCUUGGGGAGAGAGUGGUUCUGUAUGUUCUGAAUCGAAUUAUUUAUAGAAAACAGGAAAUGGAGAGAAAUGAGAUCCCAUUCCUGUGUCAUAGCAGUACUGAUUAUGCUAAGAUUCUGUGGAAGAAAGGAGAGGCCAUUGGGUUUUAUUCAGUUAAGCCUACAGGAAGCAUAUGUGCCUCAUUUCUUACCCAAAGUUACCAACUGCCAGUUCUUGAUACAAUGUUCGUAAGAAAGAAAUUCAGAGGCAAAGAUUUUGGGCUUCAUAUGCUGGAGGACUUUGUUGAUUGCUUCACAGAAGAUGCACUUGGUUUGCGGUAUCCACUGUCUUCUCUUAUGUAUACAGCUUGCAAACAAUACUUUGAAAAGUAUCCAGGAGACCAUGAACUCCUUUGGGAAGUAGAGGGUGUUGGACACUGGUACCAGCGAAUACCAGUCACCAGAGCAUUACAGAGAGAAACACUUAAAAUUACAGCAAUUUCUCAGAAUGAAGCCAAAAGACCUGUGUCUGGAGAAUAUGGUCUUGCAGCUGUUCCAGAGUAUGAAGUGGGAACUGAGGACAAUCAAUCCAGUGAGAUGCAGCUAACUAUUGAUUCUCUAAAGGAGACCUUUGCAAGCACAUCCGAAGGUCAUGAAAAAACACCUGUUUCUACUCGUACUCGAAGCAGUCAUCUAAAGCGGCCAAAGAUUGGAAAGCGGUUUCAGGAAUCUGAAUUUUUGUGGUUCUCAAGGAGAAGAGGAGAAACUGCCCAGACCUCACUGACAGCUUCAGUAAACAAAUUAGAGUCUACUACGCGCGUAUCAGAGAGCUCAGAAGAAUUCUUGGAAGAAGAACCUGAGCAGAGGAGUAUUGAAUUUGAGGAUGAAAGUCGUGAUAAAGAUGUCCGGCCUGUACCUGAAACCCAGCCACGCCUGGAAAAGCAAGAUGAAAAAGACUCUGAAUUAGAGCCUAUGAAUGGUGAGGUAAUGGAUGAUACUCUUAAGACUUCGCUUACAACAGAAGAGGAGGACUCCAUUAGUGAAGGUUUAGAAGAAGAAUUAAAAGUGCAGUCUUUUAAUUCUAGUGAAGACACUAUAAAUCUCGUUCCACUGGUGGUAGAAUCCUCAAAACCUCCUGAGGUUGUUGCACCAGAUAAGCCCCCACAUAUAACUGAUACAGAAAUGUUGAUAGACCAAGGCCCAUCUGAUGACAAAGGGCACACUGAAGAGAAACUGUCUCCAGUUUCAAGAAAGAAAGCACAUUUUGGGAGUUCAGACAAAGUCGACAGUAUCUCAAAUGAAGACCGAUCUGACAGUGGUUUUCCAAACUCGGUGAUAGCUGAAUUUUCUGAAGAACCGGUGUCUGAUAAUUUAUCACCUAACACAACUUCCUCACUUGAGGACCAGGGUGAGGAGGGGGUGCCUGAGCCCCAGGAAACAUCUACUGCUCUUUCUCAGAGUUCUUUGAUAGAGGUUGAACUUGAAGAUGUGCCAUUUUCACAGAAUGCAGGACAGAAGAAUCAGUCAGAGGAGCAGUCUGAAGCAUCUUCUGAGCAACUGGAUCAAUUUACACAAUCAACAGAAAAAGCUGUGGAUAGCAGCUCAGAGGAGAUAGAAGUGGAAGUGCCUGUAGUAGACAGGCGGAAUUUAAGAAGAAAGGCCAAAGGGCAUAAAGGACCUGCUAAGAAGAAAGCCAAGCUGACCUGAAUGAAGAAGAAAUGCGUAUAAAUCCUCUUUGUAACAUAAUUGUUUUUAAAACAUAGUGAUUAAUAAACGGCAUGGGGCACAGGACAAAAGUUUCCAAAAUUUCAAUUUGAACUGGAAUUUAUGAUGCAGUUUUUCUCUCCCUUUAGGACCUACGGUUUACCAUUCUUUUUAAUUUUUCAGACUAUUUUGUGUAAAUAGAAUUUUUUAUUUUUAUUAACCAUGUUUCAAUUUUGGGAAACCAGAUCAUAUUAUAUUUUUCUUUAACAGGUGGGAUACUUGACCAUUAAUAUUUCAAAAAAAUACAAAUUAAAAAAGUGAAAGUAGUAGGCUUUCCAUUACUUGUAAGGAUCACAGAAAUCUUUUAUACUAAGGGUUUUAAUAGUAAAACCUGGUGAAGGUUCUAGAAGUUUUAUCUUAGAUAUCAAGACUAAUCUCCAUUUUUUAAAAUGUUGGCAUGCCUAAACAAAAAUGUUAGUAAAUUAGAGUAAGUAAAACCUCAAGUAAAUUGCAGCACAAAAAUAGAAACUUAAUUUCACAGGCUUAGCAAGAUAAUUUGGUUUUGCCCUUUUAAUCUUAGUUGGGAUGCAGUUUCUUCCUUUGACUUCAAAGAAAGGUACAUACAAAAUCUACUUUUGACUAGUCUGAUAGUAACAGAACUGCUAGGAAUUAAACUACCAUGUGGGGAAAUUAUUUAAAAUUCCAUUUGAAGUAGUUGUAAUUUUUGUAGUUGAUUACAAGCUUGAGUAUACUUACUUUCAUCUUUAAUCAGGAAAACAUCUCAACUAAUGGAAUUGAGGGAUAGAGUUUAAUUUGGAUUAUCUAGUCUUGAUCACAGAUAAAUUAAACACAGAAACUAUACUUUUGUUUCUUCCCAGUUAAUGUCUACAUUUCAGAAGUGUGAUUCUUUCCUAAACCUUGUCCUUAAUUCGGUAGCCCUUUUUUCCUAUCAGCUUUCAUCUGGCCCUCUCUCACGGAGUGAUUCUUCAAUCAAAAGAUCUGCCUGCCUAUCAGUUUUUGCCCUUGGUAUCCAUUUUUGUGUAGAUUGGAACUGUGCCCAUAAUCUCAGGCCUAGAUGGCAGGAGAAAAGCUGCCAUGGGAGCUGUAGGUACAAGAGCUUAAAUCAAAUGGAAGGGUUCGGUCAUCCCUUUGGUCUUGCUCACUCUAGAUUUGUUCUGAGUACUGGUUGUAAGCUAGCCUCUAUAUGUACUUUGUGGUGCCAUAGCAAAAUCAUUUAUUUGGAAGGAAAAAAUUCCUAAAAUCUUAGUUUUCAUAGGGCAAUUUGUUUUAUCCAAAGAGAAUCUCAAAACAGAUCCUACUCUUUGAAAGUAUUACAUGUACUUGAAUUUACACUUAAUGUUGAGAAUGUUUUGAGACUAUUUUGAUUUGUUCUUGAAACAGCUUGUUCUUGAUCCCUGUGUGAAACAUGUUAUGACUUUCUGUCAUUAUUUGAGGUGCUAUGGAUUUAUGUUGAAAGUUUAUUCAGUCUUCAGUCAGUUGGUCUGAUGAUGUCAUUAAAUUUUAUUUUUGGGAUAUAUUUUAGAAAGAUCCGAUUAGUUAAAAUAUUAGGCAGGCAAAAUAGUAAGCCCUUUCUGUUCACAUAAGAUCUUGAACACGCACAUUCUCCAUUUCCUUUAAUUAUUGGUCAGAGGAUGUUAGAUGAUUUCAUUCUAAGUGUAAAUGAAAGUACUUUGGUAAUUUGUUUUCUCAACAAAUGAUAAUUAAGUGAACAAAUAAGUGUGACUAAUGCUAGUGAACCCAUGAAAUGUUCAUGCUAUUUUAUAGUUCAAGAAACUUGUUAAUAUCACAACUAGGGAAGUAACUUAGAUCCUGUUAAGAUUCAGAAAAUUCAUGUUUCCACCUUUCAUUUCUUAAAUUAGAUUUAAACUUUUAGAUAUUUUACUCAUUUACUAAUUUUUUUGCUCUUGUUCUCCUUACUCUUUUUAAACAGGUAUAGUUUUUAAAAGAAGAUUGCACUCACAGCUCUUGGUGUGUGAAGUGUCUUGAGGUUACAAAAGUUAUUCAUGUAUGAUCACUGGGAACUAACAAUGUAAACUUAUAUUUGUUAAAUGUGUUUGGUUAAAACAGUAAAGGGAUUUUAAACAAUUUAGAAACUUUCUUUGGCACACAAGAAAAUUUGUCAUUACUAUUUAUGAUAGUUAGAAAAUGUUAUUUUGGGGUUUAUAGAUCAUAGAGCAAAAAGUUAGAUCACAUGGAAAAACCUAACUUUCAUGUUUAGUACUUUAUGUUGAGUAUAUGAAAUUUAUAACAAAAUUUAUUCUGAAUAGGGAAUCUAAAUAAACUUAAAUCAGACACUUGUAGUUUUUGAAACACAUUAGAGAAACUUUCAGAAUUACAGUGGACUGUGAUUUCAACCAGCUAGCCUAGUUGUUGAGUGUUCAGUCACAUUCUACAUAGUCCUUUGUGAACUAUUUUCUGUUUAGAUGUUGUCUGCUGAGAAGGGAAUUGACUUUGUGUAUAUACGUAUAUAUUUCCUUGUGUAAUAUAAAGCAGAUGGUUAUUAGCAGAAUUUUAGUUCUACUUUCAAGUUUAAAUUAUUCAAUUGCUAGACCUCACAGAAAUUAGUAUAUUUAAAAAUUAACAGAGCUUCUCUACAACUUUUAAAAGUGAGAGGUUCUAUUAUGAUUUUUUAUAAAAUCAAACAGCAUGACUUACAAUGUCAAUCUUCUACUUAAAAUGUGUCUACAUUCAUGGUGUUUCCAUACAGUGCAGAGGUGGUAAAGACAUCUAGUCAUUAAUGGUUUACUUUUAGAGAUUACUGUAACACUAUUUAAAAUGGUAUUAGUGACUUUAUAAAAGUAACUUGAAGGUUUAUGAUUGCAUCAAAUUGAGCCUUUACUUAAUAUCUAAAUAUCUGCUCUUAUGUUCCACUUUAUCCUAUGGGAUUAUCUUCUAAGGUUUGGUCACACCAGCAAACUGCAACAGAUUUUAAUGUAAAUAAGGAAUUUAUACUAACAUUACUCAUCUGUGUAACAAUAUUUUAGAAACAGAUUUCUGCCUUGUACGUCCACUAGUAGCAAUAUGAUGUUUCAGGUGUGAUCUAGUCUUUUAUGGUGAUUUAUUACAAAUGUUAUGCUUGUUUUCAUACUCAUUAUCAAACCUCCUUUUUACAAGAUAAUUUGCUUCUUUUAAUUUUGGGUCUAAAAAUUAAGCAAACGUCAUUUCUGUAUUAUCUAGUGAUUACCUGAAGUCAGUUCUUUCACCUUCUAGAACUUGAGUAAUUCACACAUUACCCAUUUUUGUUAGUGGCAAGAUCAUUUGUUAAAAUCUUAAGGUUCAGUUUCUGUCAAAGAUUCCAUUGUACUGGAUCAUCAUUUCCUUUUUCUGUAUAUUCUAGAACUUCAGUUGUUUAUAGAACUUAGGAAAAAUGUCACAUUAUUCAGAGUAGUAAGUCUUACAGAAUACUUGUUUGUUUUCUUGGUUUUUUUUUUUUUUUUUUUUUUUUUAGUUUGAAAGUAGUUAUUAAAUAUAUAUUUUGUGAUUGUUUUCUGGUUGGUUUUGAAAUUCUUUUACUUUCUCUCCACUUUCAUUCAUGAAGAUAUGUUUAGAUAAUUAAUUUGUUUAGAUAUUCAAUUAUUUUGUUAAAGAAAUAAUCAUAUUGUACUUUGCAGACUUAAAAAAAAAUAAACAAUUUAAAAUGAUGUGGUGAUUAAUGUACACAGACACCCUAAAGCUUAAAAUCAUGUAAUCCAGAUCACAGAACUGCUUUGACCAAGUUUAUAACCUUAAAACAUGACCUUUUAAUUUUUAUUAACCAAUAAUUAACCAACUGCAAAUAAUUUUCUCUUCAGGGCAUCAAUGAAAACUAAGCUGGAAUUAUACAAAACUUUUAGUAUCAUUCUGAAAGCAUAAUUAUACUACUCUAUAUUUAGAAUAUAGCGAAUGCUAAAAAAAAAUUUAAUUUAUUUAUUGAACAAGGAUUGGUUACAGAUGAAAAGAUGUAUCUAAGAGUUCUGAACUUUUUCUACAUUGUAUAGCCUGCUUUCUCUUACAUAUUUUUUUCAGCUAUACUGGUGGUUUUUCCAAAAACAACAGAUCUGCAUUGCCGAGUAUACACUCUUUAAUGCAGAUACUUAUAUUUAUAGGUUUACUUUUUCAAUUGUUCAAUCUUAAAAACAUGUAAGCCCUUAACAUAAACCCCCUAAUAAAGAACAAUCUGCCAAACUUGGUCAUUUUAAUGUUUUU